AUGGUGUCGGUGCCAGAUGAUGUAUCAUUUCAAUUCAUAAGGGGAAUUACUGAUGACUUCUCAGAGGAGCGCAUACUUGGCCAAGGAGCAUUCGGAGUUGUUUACAGAGGAGUCACUAAAGAUGGACAUGAUGUUGCUGUGAAGAAGUUGAAGCCUUGUCUUGCCGACCUAGGCAACAAGCAGUUUCGAAAUGAGUUUGAUACCCUCACGAAGCUGACCCAUCAAAACAUUGUAAAGGUUCUUGGCUAUUGUUAUGAAACAAAGAAAAAACCUUUUAUCAUGUUAGAUGGAAGUAAGCUUGCCGAGAAAGGAUGCAGCAUAAGUUUUUCUGAAAUGACAGUGCAGAAUAACAGUAUAGAGAUGAGAAAGGAAUCAAAGGAUAUCACAGUUCAGCACCAGAAUACUGAUCUAUUGUCGAGCCCAAGUUGCACUAAGCUAGAACUUAUUGAUGCACGAGAAACAUCAACAGAUGUAGUAGAAGAACUCAUAGUGGGGAGGGAACAAGAAAAAGGGAAAAUAAUAACUUCUUUACUUGAGAGCUCAUCAAAAAAGAUUUCCAUCCUUCCCAUACAUGGUAUUGGAGGCAUUGGCAAGACAACUUUUGCAAGAUUGAUUCAUAAUGAUCCAAAGUUCAAAUGUUACUCUAAAGCAUGGGUCCAUGUGUCACAAAGAUUUGACUUGAAUAAAAUUCAUGAGUCUAUUAUUUCACAACUAUCUGAAAAAGAUUAUCAGGCUAAUGAAAGACAUGUGGUACAUAGUUCCGUCACAAAGCUACUUCCUGGUAAGAAGAUUAUAAUUGUUUUAGAUGACCUUUGGGAGGAUAAUCAGUUCCAGUUGAUGGACUUGAAGGAUAUGCUAUAUCAUGAUGAUAGCAAUAUAAUUAUUUUAGUAACAACACGAAGUGAGAGUGUUGCAGAGAGAAUAUGUACAAACCAUCAACCAUACAAGAUAUUACCCUUGACGAACAAUAUGUGCUGGGAUAUAAUUAAACAAAGAAGUGGUUUUGAAGCUAGAGAUGACAAAGAAAAGUUGAGAGGUAUAGGACAGGAGGCUGAGAAGUGUGCUGGUGUGGCUUUAGCAGCUCAAUCUCUAGGAUUCACUUUGCGGGGCAUGAAUUUUGACCAAUGGAUGAAAGUGAAAGACAGUGAUAUAUGGAAAGAACAUAUUUCAAAGGAUAUCUCUUUGCCAAAUCAUGUUGUUGCAUCUUUGAUGUUAAGUUAUAGCUAUAUGGAUCUAUCUUUGAAGCAAUGCUUUACCUAUUGUGCAACCUUCCCAAAAGGUUACCCGAUAGUUAAAAGUGAUCUAAUUUACCAAUGGAUUUCUUUAGGUUUCAUAAAGCCAACAGAAUUACUCUCGGUUAUGGAUCUCUGCAAGAAGUAUAUUAUGCAGCUCCAAGGACUAUCUUUCCUUCGAGAGCCACCCAAGGGGGCAUGGCAAAAAGUGGAGGUAGUCGGUGUUGCGCCCUCUCUUGGUGUCUGCUUCCGAGCUAGUCCCCUGUCAGGUUUUGAAGCGGUUGGUGUAGUUGUCGACAUUGCUGGUCUAGCGCGCCUCCCAAAUUUGUCAUUGUGUGCCGAGGAUUACACUAGUCUCCGCAAACCAGAUGUUAAGGGUUUGCUCAAGGUGGCCAGCUAG